AUGAAUAUAUGCAUUUAUUUAUUUUCAUACAGGUGCCACACUGGUACAGUAAAGAGAAUUAUAUUUAAAUUGAUACCAAUUGCUGCUUGGCUACCCAUAUAUAAUCUGAAGGAAUGGCUCCUAAGUGAUACGAUCUCUGGCAUCAGUACAGGAAUGGUGUCUGUUUUACAAGGCUUGGCAUUCGCUCUUCUAGUAAACGUUUCCCCAGCUUAUGGACUCUAUUCUGCUUUUUAUCCCACAAUAAUAUAUAUUUUCUUUGGAACAUCUAAACAUAUCUCUGUUGGUCCAUUCCCUGUGUUAAGCUUGAUGGUUGGGUCAGCUGUGAUGAGGUUAGUCCCAGAUCCUGUCGAUGAGGAUGGAACAGUGAAUUAUAACGUAUUAAAUGACACAGAUGAAUUGACAAUUGCUGAACAAAGAGUUCUUGUUGCUGCAUCUGUCACAGUACUUGUUGGUAUAUUCCAGCUGGCAUUUGGAUUGUUACAAGCAGGGUUUAUAGUUAUCUACCUGUCAGAUCCUCUCAUAAGUGGUUUUACUACAGCAGCUGCUAUACAUGUUCUGGUGUCCCAACUUAAGUUUGUACUUGGAAUAAAGAUAUCAAACUUCAGUGGACCUUUGUCACUGUUUUUUACACUAGAGGACAUCUUCCAGAAGAUAAAUAAUACAAACAUUGUUGACCUUACUACAUCAAUUAUCAUUAUGGUCGUGGUCCUUAUUGUCAAAGAAAUGAAUGAUCGAUAUCAGAUGAAAAUACCGUUUCCCAUUCCUGUUGAGCUUAUAAUGACAAUUUUAGCAACUGGCAUUUCAUAUGCAUUUGACUUCAGUAGAAAAUUUCAUGUACAGAUAAUUGGAGAAUUAGAAAGUGGAUAUCAGCCUCCCAUAACACCAAGCAUAUCGGUUUUUCAAGAAUGUAUGGUUGAGGGCUUCACUAUUGCUAUCGUGGCCUUUGCUGUUGGAUUUUCUGUUGCCAGAGUCUACUCAAUCAAACACGAUUACCCCAUAAAUGGAAACCAGGAGUUAGUGGCAUUUGGAUUAGGGAACAUAGUUUGUGGCUGUUUCAAAGGUUUUGCUGUUAGUACAGCCCUGUCAAGGUCAGCUGUCCAGGAAAGUACAGGAGGAAAAUCCCAGAUUGCUGGUCUUUUAUCUGCGCUGAUUGUUAUGGUAGUCACUUUAUCUAUUGGAUUCCUUCUGGAAGCUUUACCAAAGUCUGUACUUGGAGCUGUAUGUCUCAUUAAUUUAAAGGGAAUGCUGAUGCAGUUUAGAGAAGUGCCUGUACUGUGGAUGAAGGAUAAAUUUGAUUGUUUAGUAUGGGUGAUGACUUUCACAGCUUCGGUCAUUCUUGGCCUUGACCUUGGGCUGGCAGCAGGAGUUGGAUUUGAGCUACUGACUGUAGUUUUUAGAACACAGUUGUAA